CCCUGCAUUCGUCAUAGCCGAAGGGAAGCUUGGGACUUGUAGUUAAAGGGCCAGGACUCCGCCCCUGCAUUCGUCAUAGCCGAAGGCAAGCUUGGGACUUGUAGUUAAAGGGCCAGGACUCCGCCCCUGCAUUCGUCAUAGCCGAAGGGAAGCUUGGGACUUGUAGUUAAAGGGCCAGGACGCGCCGCGGUGUGAGGAAUAAGCAGGACAUGUUCAAGAUGGCGUAUGAGAGCGCGAAACGGGAUUUGUAGGCAGAGCGCACUAGCUAAUGUAAACAGAAGUUACUAGGAUCUAGUGAGUCAGGGUGCGGUAAAAAUACCCGGGGGCUCCAGACCUAUCAGCGCGAGGGGCGUGUGGGCAGCGGCUUUCUGCAGACCAUGAAGCGAGUACGCACAGAACAAAUUCAGUUGGCCGUGACCUGCUAUCUCAAACGCCGUCAUUACAUAGAUGUAGAUGGAUCUCUAAAGCAAGGUCUUCGACUUUGCCAGACUGCAGAAGAAAUGGCAACUAAUCUAACUGUACAGGCCGAGUCUAGCUUUUCAAAUAUUGUAUCUUCCGCACCGUGUCAAGUAGAACCACAGCAAUACGAACUGCAGUUUGCACGUCUUCGGAAGUUUCUUUCAGAUGAGGAUUGUCCUGAAAGCCAGGAUGUGGCUGCCGUACUCUACCCUUUAUUUGUUUACCUCCAUCUUGACAUGGUUCAAAAUUGCCUUAAAAGUAUGGUGGAUAGCUUCUACAGUCGUUUCCAUGGGAUGUUUCUUCAGAAUCCCGCACAGAGAGAGAUAAUUCAGCUGCUUCAGACAACCAUGACCAUGCAAGACAUACACUCAAACUUUAAGCUGCAAGCUUUUCUCGAUAACAAGUAUGUUGUCCGCCUGCAGGAAGACGGCUAUAAUUAUCUGCUCCGCUACAUGCAAAGUGACGACAACAUCGCCCUGCUCAAGGCUCUGACAUUACAUGUGCAUUUAGAUGUUCAGCCAAAGAAGAGAACAGAGUACCAACUAUAUGCAAGUAAUACUUUUUCCACCAGAGGGGGGAAUGGCACUCUUGAGCCACAGGACGUACCAGCUCCUAUUCUCCAAAAUGAAGCAGCACUUGAGCAGCUGCAGGACUGUAUAAAACGUGUAAAAGAUGGGCCACCUUCAUGUACGACUGUAUGUUUCUAUGCAUUUUACAACACUGACAAUUUGUUGAACACGGCUGAAAUUUCCCCCAAUGGCAAACUCCUUGUUGCUGGGUUUGAUAACUCUUCUAUAAAAUUGUGGAGCCUGAGGACGAAAAAACUUAGAGCAGAAACGAACAGAGUGGAUGUUUCGCGCAUACAACUAGCCAGUGAUAUCCUAGAAGAGGACGAAAUGGAUGACCAGGCAGGAACUGAAAUGAAGAUAUUAAGAGGCCAUGGUGGACCAGUUUAUAGUACACGAUACCUGUCCAACAGUGCAGGCCUUUUGUCGUGCUCUGAAGACGCUUCCAUUCGUUACUGGGAUUUAAACAGUUUUACUAACACAGUCCUGUAUGAGGGUCAUGCAUACCCAAUAUGGGAUCUAGAUGUCAGCACUUGUAGUUUGUUUUUCGCCAGUGGCUCCCAUGAUUGCACAGCCAGACUCUGGUCAUUUGACCGAACAUUUCCUCUCCGGAUAUAUUCUGGACAUUUAGCAGAUGUAGACUGUGUAAAGUUCCAUCCCAAUUCCAAUUACAUUGCCACAGGAUCUAUGGAUAAAACAGUUCGUCUGUGGAGCAGUCAGCAGGGGAACUCUGUGAGGCUUUUUACCGGUCACCGAGGGCCUGUACUUGCUCUUGCUUUUUCACCUAAUGGAAAGUACUUGGCCUCAGCUGGGGAAGACCAUCGACUUAAAUUAUGGGAUCUGGGAUCAGGUACACUAUUUAAAGAACUAAGAGGGCAUACGGACAAUGUCAACAGUCUUGCGUUUAGCCCAGAUAGUAGUUUGAUUGCCUCUGCAUCAAUGGACAACUCUGUUCGUUUAUGGGAUAUUAGAAAUCCAUAUUGCAGUGCUCUUUCUGAUGGCUCCUCCAGUGAAUUAGUUGGAGUGUACACAGGGCAGACAAAUAAUGUUUUGAGUGUGCAAUUUAUGGCUUGUAAUCUGUUAAUGGUAAUUGGGACGGCUUUAGGAAAUCAGGAAUAUUAGUUUUUUAUUUUAGGCUGAAAAAUGUGAAUGAAAGCAUUUUUAAAUGUAUUUCCAGAGCUUAAAUAAUUUUUGUUUCGUUUUUUUUUUGUUUUUUAUUAUUUUGACUUGUAGCCCAAACCACUAAAUUAAAGGGAAUCUGUCACCAUGUUCUUGGACUAUUAUCUGCACUACUUCAUGAGUAGUAUUGCAGAUAAGGGGUUCGGAUCACAGUUUAUUUUUAUUGGAUUUAUGCUACCCUGUGAAGUGCAUAGUCCAG